CACCUGUUACGGCAUUUGUCGACAUGCCGUCAGUACUUACCGGUGUAAAAGUCGCUCUAUUUCUUGUGCCAGUGUUGUUCCGAUACUCUACAAGCCUUCUGCCUCUUCCACAUGUAAUAAACCCAAUAUUGGAACUUCCAAAUGAGUAUCAGUCGAAUUUUGUCGAUAUAACCCAAAAAUAUGGUUACUAUGCUGAAGAGCAUACAGUCACGACUGAAGACGGGUACUUGCUGACACUACAUAGAUUGCGGAACACCACGUGUCAGUGGCUCAGCAGGCCGGCGCUGCUCAUGCAUGGAUUACUGCUGAGUUCAGACACCUGGCUGGAUUCCGGGCCCAGAGACGGCUUACCUUACCUCUUAGCCGACACCUGCUACGAUCUCUGGCUGGGAAACUUUCGAGGGAACUAUCUCGGCAGACAACAUGUGCGACUGAAUCCAGACACAGACGUAGAGUUUUGGGACUUUUCAUACGACGAUAUGGGACUGUACGAUCUGCCGGCGAUCAUUGACUACGUUUUGAAAGAAACGGGAGACCAGAAACUGAACUACAUCGGCUACUCGCAGGGUGGAGGGACCUUCGCCAUCAUGUGUUCGGAAAGACCAGAGUACAGACUCAAGGUGAGCUCAUUCGUUGGUCUGGCUCCAGCUAUCACGAUGAAGUACACACGGUCACUCGUCUACAGAUACUUCGCCGGGACGCUGGCGAGAUUUUGGAAAGAAACAAAGACGUUAGGGAUCUAUGAAGUACUGUACAAAGGCUCGUUGAUACAAAGAGGCACAGAAGCGAUAUGUGGUGCGCCAGGAAAGAUACACAAAUUAUGUUUAGGUGCUUUGUCAUUUAUCGAUGACUAUGAUCCUGGGUCGAUUGAACCGGAUACAGUGAGGAGUAUGUACACCCACCUCCCUGCAGGCACAUCGGUGAAGAACUUCGUGAAGUAUUCGCAGGCCAUGGAGCAAGGAACAUUCCAGAAGUUUGAUUACGGGAAAUCGAGGAAUUUAAUUGUGUAUGGGAACGAAACGGCACCUUUCUACGAUCUGAGCUACUUGGAUAUGCCGUCGCUUCUCGUGACGGGGAAAAGUGAUAACAUAGUUGAUAUUCGUGAUGUGACGUUGGUGCAUAAACAGUUGAAAAAAUCUCAUUUGUUCGUGGUUAAAAAUGAAAAGUGGAAUCAUUUUGACGUGCCAUACAGUAGUUUUACUCCAGAGCUGGUGUUUCCAGCUGUACAUAGACAUCUGCAAAGACACGGCACUCAGUGAAAUUACCUAGUGAAAUAAAGUUUUAUAUUUAUUAA